UGCGAAGUUUCCUCCUCCAACUCUUCUACAGUUGUUCAAAACCAAAGCAGGCAAACAAACACAGAACAACGUGUACACUACACCCUACUUCUUCUGCUUCUACUUUCCUUAUUAUUUUCUCCCUUCAAACUUUUCUUUUUUUCAUUUUUACCCCAACUUUCUCCCGAAUAUUCAACAAUAAGAAUAUACCCACCUUUUUAAUGUGUUUGAUUCAUUAGAUUCACAUCAAUCAAAAUCUCGAAAAACAAAAACACCCAAAUUCGCAAAAUCUCCAAUUUUGGAAAAAUCUGAAGUAGAAUUGAAGUGGGUUUGUCUCAAAUUUCGUGAUGGGUUCGACGAAGAACUCAACAUUGUCUUCUUCGUCGAAUGUUGCUGGUCUAAUUGUGGAUGAUGAUGCAACACUUGUUGAUUCGUUGCCGAUUUAUGUCAGAGAAUUGAUUGCUGGAGGUGCUGCCGGCGCUUUUGCUAAGACUGCUGUUGCCCCCCUUGAGAGAAUUAAGAUUCUUUUUCAGACUCGAACGGAGGGAUAUCGUUCUCUUGGGGUCUAUGGAUCCCUGAAGAAGGUGCAGAAUCAUGAAGGCAUACAAGGGUUAUACAAAGGGAAUGGUGCAAGUGUCCUCCGGAUUGUUCCUUAUGCAGCUUUGCAUUUCAUGACUUAUGAGAGGUACCGAUCUUGGCUGUAUGAUAAUUGUCCUUCCCUGGGGACAGGACCUGUCGUAGAUCUUAUAGCUGGUUCAGCAUCUGGUGGUACUGCAGUUUUAUGCACUUACCCCUUGGACUUGGCGAGAACGAAGCUCGCUUAUCAGGUAGUGGACACCCGGUCAACUUUCAGGAGCAGUAUGAACUGCAGCAAUUUCUCCUCAUCUUAUAGCGGUAUACAAGAUGUAUUCAGACGUGUUUAUAACGAAGGCGGUGUUCGUUCCCUGUACCGUGGCGUGGGACCAACACUUGUUGGAAUUCUUCCAUAUGCUGGUUUGAAAUUCUAUAUAUAUGAGGAGCUUAAAAGAAGAGUUCCUGCAGAGCAUCAAAAUUCUAUUGUAUUACGUCUUUCUUGUGGAGCUUUGGCUGGCUUAUUUGGACAGACCUUCACAUACCCAUUGGAUGUUGUUAGGCGACAAAUGCAGGUUGAAAAUUUACAGAAUGGUGGACCAAGGUAUAGAAAUACCAUAGAAGGGCUUAGAGAGAUAAUCCGACGUCAAGGAUGGAAGCAGCUAUUUGCUGGUCUGAGUAUUAACUACAUCAAAGUUGUUCCAUCUGUAGCCAUUGGUUUUACCACUUACGACCUCAUGAAGUCCUGGCUAAACCUUACGUCUCAGCACAAACGACAAGUGAUAUCUGGUGGGUAAAAUAUAAAAUCAUAUUCAACCAUGACAGUAGUAGGAUCGAAAGAACUGUGAGUACACAUACGUAUUACAUAGUAGUGAUGUGAUCACCAUUGAUGUAUUCUUUGAUUCAUAACAUUCAUCAAACCCGAGAACCGAUUUAAAACAGAGGAUUAAUAUUAAUAUACAUUGAUUUGAUUCAGGUCUUAAAUUGAA